UCCAAUUCAACAACAAAAAACCCAACAACUGAAUUCUCUUAUUGUGAUAAUAAUAUGGAAGUAAUGCAACACUCUUCAUCCUUUCUACUUCCACCAAUUCCGGGUUCUUCGCUAAAAUACGCCAUGGUUAUUCUUAACCAGCGUCUUCCUCGUUUUGCCCCUCUUCUAUGGGACCAUGGUACGUUUUCUUCCUCCAAUUUUCAGGGUUUUAUUUUAUUUUUAAUUUUUGAUUUGGGUGUUUCUUUUUUUGUGUAUAGUACAGCAAAAUUAAGAAUUUGUGCAGAUGGAGGAGCUAAUCGUUUAUUUGAUGAAAUUCCCCAAUUCUUCCCUCUUGAAAACCCCAUUGAUGUUCGCAAAAGGUAUAUACCAGAUUUAAUUAAAGGUGACAUGGACUCCGUCAGAGCAGAUAUUCUGGAUUUUUACACAAAUUUGGGGUGUGAUGCAAUAAAUGAAUCUCAUGACCAAGACACCACAGACCUUCACAAGUGUAUAUCACAUCUCAGUAAUUUGACUCCACAAUCUGAGAAAUCAGAUCUAUGCAUUCUUGUUACCGGAGCACUUGGUGGACGCUUUGAUCAUGAAGCUGGGAACAUUAAUGUCCUUUAUCGAUUCUCUAACUUGAGAGUAAUCCUUCUUUCAGAUGACUGCUUGAUCCAACUUCUCCCUAAAACUCAUCAUCAUGAGAUCCAUAUUCAGACUUCUGUUGUUGGGCCGCAUUGUGGAUUAUUACCAAUAGGAAUGCCUGCUUUUCAUACCACAACCUCUGGAUUGAAAUGGAACCUCAAUGACACGGAGAUGAUGUUUGGCGGUUUGUUAAGUACAUCAAACAUAGUGACUGGAGAUAUUGUAUCUGUUCGUUCUGAUGCAGAUCUAAUAUGGACAAUUUCCAUUAAAAAGGGACACGAGUCUCAUGUUUUGCAGUCUUAAGAGAACAUCAUAUACCGCCAUUUCAUUGAUUUUGAUAAACAAUAUAGGUGUCAUUGUGUCAAGAAAGGUUUACACAUUAGCUUGUGUAGUUAAGCCAUUAUCGUUACUCAAGUAUAAUUAUGUUCUAGUUUAGAGCAAUAAGCAAUUGCAAUUUUCUAGUAUUUAUCUCAAUUCAUUCAUUAUACUACGUAGUUUAAAACAUUAGCUUAUUUUUGUGAAGGUCAUGACAAUUUUUAAGUUCUAAAUCCCUUGCUAUAGCUUAAGAUCAUAUUAGUUUAUAAUCUCUUCGAUUAGUUCAUAGUUUCAACAUUAUGUUAUUGUAUGAUAGCAAUUGAUUACUUGAAAUAAUUCAUAAUUUUCUCAAAUGUGCUUUGGGUUGGUCUUAGAGUGGUGUUCAUGGUAAAUGUGCUUCGCUGAGAUUAUGAUGGGGGUUCACUUGAUAAAUAUAUUACUCACUUCCUUUCCUUUACAUUAUCUUGAGUCAAUCCCUAUCUAUUUUUUCUUCCCAAUGACGUAUCUAUUAACUUGUUCUAACUUAUAUCAGUCUCACACUAUUUAUUAUUUCUCCUGCCAAU